CUCAGUACCGUUUUUUACUUCACUUCACUUCUGCAAAUCCCAGCCGUAAUAAUUUUAAAUCACGCCAAGCAAAAUCGAAAAUGUGAAAUUUAUGAGGGAAAAUAAAUCCGUAAUAUAGACAUAAAACGUGUCUGUAAAGAAUUUCUGUUCAACUGGAUGUUUUAUCUUCUCAUCGGUCGCCAGUAAUGUGGAUGUACGUUAGCCGGAUUUAUUAUUAACUCGCGUGUGCUCAUCUGUUAUUCAGGAUUAUUGAUCUGUUUUCAACUCUAAAUCACCCGAGUUUUCACAGAUAAAGAGAUGGAUGUUGAAGUGGUUAGUUUCCGUUUGCCUGGGCAUGGAGACACAGCCAUGAGUAACAUGAACUCUCUGCGGUCACAGCAGCACUUCUGUGAUGUCACCAUUGUGGCCGGGGGCAGACGAAUGUUCAGGGGUCAUAAGGUGGUACUGGCUGCAUGCUCUGCCUUUCUUAGGGACCAGUUUCUUCUGAACCCUUCAUCAGAGCUACAGCAGGUGUCAAUGUUGCACAGCUCAACAAUUUUAUGUGAGCUCCUCCAAUCGUGUUACACAGGGAUGCUGCAGUUCAGUGCUAAAGAGAUUGUGAACUACCUGACCGCCGCCAGUUACCUGCAGAUGGAGCAUGUGGUGGAGAAAUGCAGAGGAGCCCUGACACAGUACAUGCAGCCCCGGAGUCGCAGCCCGAUGAGUGUUAAAACUGAAGAUCCCCAGUCCAUGCCUGUGAUGGUCAGUGGAUCUCUGUCGUCCCCUUCUGACCGGGCGUCAUCGCACCCUCACAGCUCUGGAAAGGAUGCAGAACAUUCUGGCAUUCAUCACAGAGAUCCCAGUGAUUUGUCCAUGCAGCAUGUUAGAGCAUCUGAGGCGUCUGGCCACUUCGGGGACGGCGGUGAGUCUGAUGUCUUUCAAGUGCAAAUCAGCGAUGAACAUCAAGAUCCAGAUAAGAACCCCGGUGCAGGGGAGAUGAAAAGAGAACACGUUGUGAUAGAUGACCAUGGUCAAGUGCUGGACACAGGUGGAGAGGAACCUAACAUCGAUGGUCGAGCAAAAGGCCUUCGAGGCACAGGCCAAAGGUGGAGGCGAAGAUACGGGGAACACAGGGGAGGCAGAGGAAGAGGCUUCAAGCCCAGGAAGCGUUACACGUUCAAAGAUCGCAAGCCUUUGGGUAACUAUCAGGAGGCAUGGCGAUUUCCCACCCCGGAUGAGAUCAUGGGUAGUUUCGGAGCGAACUUCGGGGGUGACUACCUAUCCAGUCAGCAUCUUGCAGAUGGUUCGCUCCGCAUGGAUUACAGGAUGGGCGAAGGACAAGGUGAGGACGGCUCUGAAGGAGGUCCGUCCCACUUCGGUGUGGAAGCUUCCGGCGGGGAAGAGGCGAUGGGAGUCGGGACACCGGCGAACGAGCACGGCACGGCCGACGAGUCCGUGGCGGUCGUCGGCUCCACGUCCUGCUCUGCGGGACCGGUGGUGUGCGAGGACUGCGGGCUUGCCUUUUCCUCAACGCAGGAUUUGGCAGUGCAUUCCCUGGCGACGCACCGACUGUACGUGUGUCCGUGCUGCGGUAAGAACUUCAGCCACUCCAGUAACCUCAACCGCCACAUGAUCGUCCACCGCGGAGUCGCCAAACUCCACUGCUGUCCCCUGUGCCACAAAACCUUCACUCAGAAGUCAACACUGUGCGACCACAUGAACCUGCACAGCGGGGAGCGGCCACAUAUUUGCGCGUAUUGCCAUGUGAGCUUCGCCCACAAGCCUGCUCUACGCCGUCACCUUAAAGAGCAGCACGGAAGGACCACUGCCCAAAACUAUCUGGAGAUGCAGCGAAAUAAUGAAGAUGCGGCUGGGGGUGUCGGAGGAGAGGUUUAGGGUACAGUUAAAGUGAGGAAAAUAAGUAUUUGAACACCCUGCUAUUUUGCAAGUUCUACCACUUGGAAAUCAUGGAGGUGUCUGAAUUUGUCAUCGUAGGUGCAUGUCCACUGUGUGACAUAAUCUAAAAAAAAUCCAGAAAUCACAAUGUAUGAUUUUUUAAAACUAUUUAUUUGUAUGACACAGCUGCAAAUAAGUAUUUGAACACCUGAGAAAAUCAAUUUUAAUAUUUGGUACAGUAGCCUUUGUUUGCAAUUACAGUGGUCAAACGUUUCCUGUAGUUUUUCACCAGGUUUGCACACACUGCAGGAGUGAUUUUGGCCCACUCCUCCACACAGAUCUUCUCUAGAUCAGUCAGGUUUCUGGCCUAUCGCUGAAAAACACAGAAUUUGAGCUCCCUCCAAAGAUUCUCUAUUGGGUUUAGGUCAGGAGACUGGCUAGGCCACACCAGAACCUUGAUAUGCUUUUUACAGAGCCACUCCUUGGUUAUCCUGGCUGUGUGCUUUGGGUCAUUGUCAUGUUGGAAGACCCAGCCUCGAUCCAUCUUCAAUGCUCUAACUGAGGGAAGGGGGUGUUCCCCAUAAUCUCACAAUACAUGGCCCCGGUCAUCCUCUCCUUAAUACAGUGCAGUCGUCCUGUCCCAUGUGCAGAAAACACCCCCAACGCUUGAUGCUACCACCCCUGUGCUUCACAGUAGGGAUGGUGUUCUUGGGAUAGUACUCAUCAUUCUUCUUCCUCCAAACACGUUUAGUGAAAUUAUUAACAAAAAGUUCUAUUUUGGUCUCAUCUGACCACAUGACUUUCUCCCAUGACUCCUCUGGAUCAUCCAAAUGGUCAUUGGCAAUUUAAGACGGGCCUGGACAUGUGCUGGUUUAAGCAGGGGAACCUUCCGUGCCAUGCACAGUAACCUUGGAAACGGUGGUCCCAGCUCUAUUCAGGUCAUUGACCAGCUCCUCCCGUGUAGUUCUGGGCUGAUUUCUCAGCUUUCUUAGGAUCAUUGAGACCCCACGAGGUGAGAUCUUGCAUGGAGCCUCAGUCCGAGGGAGAUUGACAGUCAUGUUUAGCUUCUGAAUGAUUGCUCAAACAGUGAACCUUUUUUUCACCAAGCUGCUUGGCAAUUUCCCCAUAGCCCUUUCCAGCCUUGUGGAGGUGUACAAUUUUGUCUGUAGUGUCUUUGGACAGCUCAUUGGUCUUGGCUAUGUUAGUAGUUGGAUUCUUACUAAUUGUAUGGGGUGGACAGGUGUCUUUAUGCAGCUAACGACCUAAUCUAAUUUAGGAUAAUAAAUGGAGUGGAGGUGGACAUUUUAAAGGCAGACUAACAGGUCUUUGAGGGUCAGAAUUCUAGCUGAUAGUCAGGUGUUGAAAUACUUAUUUGCAGCUGUAUCAUACAAAUAAAUAGUUAAAAAAUCAUACAUUGUGAUUUCUGGAUUUUAUUUUAGAUUAUGUCUCUCAGAGUGGACAUGCACCUACGAAGACAAUUUCAGACCCCUCCAUGAUUUCUAAGUGGGAGAACUUGCAAUAGCAGGGUGUUCAAAUACUUAUUUUCCUCACUGUAUAGGUAUUGUGAGUAGUUACAGUUAAAGUCAACAUGAAAUUUUGCUCUCCUUGUGCGUGAUUCCUCAAUGUGCGUUAUUCCAAAGUGAAAAAUCGUAAUCGAAAUGUGAUUUACUUUGCUCUCUCUAAAGACCCAAAUAUACUUAUAAAGUACCUAUAAUAACAAGUACGUAUUUUUACACAUACGCAAGUGUGCCUAUACAGUCUUGCAAAAUAUACUUCAUUUGACUCGUAUGUGUAAACAGACGUUCACAUGCGCAUUGCGACAAAUUGCAGUACCUCUCCUGGACUGCAUACUACAUACUCCUGAACGCACAUACACCGUGCAAUACAUGUGUACUAUUCCGAUGCCGAAUUACCUUUUGUACGUGUAAAAAGACAUUCGACGCUGCAUCUCAUAGGCUACAUACUUAAUUCUCCUAUAGGCGCAUGCGCGACCUACGCAUACAAUGUAUGCAGGGUUUUCAAAAAUCCAUACAGUACGCGUGCACUCUUCUGAUAACGAACAUUGCGUCACGCGCACCGUGUGUGGACUCUUGCGUACGCGUAAAAAGUGGACCAUACUUCCGCCUUUUCCUUGUGGUUCACUUCAUGUAGGCCACACAGACUAUUGGUUAAUUACCAAAUGAACCCCUUACCAAAAAGCGAUUUUAGCAUUGUUUUAGUGUUGUAGGUGAUGUGGACUUUCAAUAAAUUUGCCUAUAUUUAAUUGCAAUAUUUCAUUUUUAUACAUAAUGUAAUUAAGGCAGAAAUGAUCAUUGGGAAAAGGCUAUACUUUCAGCCUCUAAAAUGCUUUUUAAAAGUGUUUCUUGCAAAUAUCCCAUUUCAUGCGGUUAUACCUCACGUUUCAAUCGGAUUUCAUGUUGACUUUAAUAGCAGUGUAAUGAAUACAUAGUUGCUUCACAGUAAUACAGCAUCGUCUAUUAGUAAUGUCACUGUGUGAAUCUUAAUACUGCCAAAGCUUUUCAGUUCUUCAGGCCAGAGAGUCUGAAUGAUGCGAGUGCCCUUAUACUCUACACGCCUCUGUGUUUCUCAUCAGGUUAAUAUUCACAAUGCAGAUGAUAAUCCAGAUUCGUGAAGGAAAGGUCUAGCAUGUAAAAUGAGGGAUAAACAAGAUGAGGACAAACUACAGCAUGAUUUUGUACUGUGGCGAAAUGAAGAAAGUAACAAAACGUCUGUCUGUCAUUUCAGUAGUGAAACCUAAGUGUAUGUAUGUCAUAAUUAUAUGGAAAUAAAAGGAGCUUGUCUCA